UCUGGAUCCUACGGAAGUGGAUCGGGAUCCUAUGGAGGUGGAUCCGGGUCUUAUGGAGGAUCCGGAUCCCAAGGGGGAAGUGGAUCCGGAUCCUCUGGAUCCGGUUUCGACGGGACCAGCUCUGGAUCCUACGGGCUCCCGGGAUCCUACGGGGCUGAUUCGGAACCCUACGGGGGCGGAUCCGGAUCCCAGGGGGGCGGAUCUGGAUCCUACGGGGGCGGAUCUGGAUCCUACGGGGGCGGAUCCGGAUCCUACGGGGCUGGAUCUGGAUCCUACGGGAGCGGAUCCGGAUCCUCUGGCAGACCCGGAUCCCAGGGGAGCGGAUCAGGAUCCCAGGGAUCCGGAUCCUCGGGGCGUUUCCAGCGUCCCGGGUACAAGAACCCGGGGAUCCCCUUCGUGCCGGGGCCCCGGGAUCCCGCCCGGAUCGGGGGCCACGUCCCCGUGCGCCGCGGGCCCGGAUCCGGAUCCGGAUCCGGAUUCACCAUGGGAUCGGGAUCUGGAGCCUCCCAGGCAUCGGGAUCCGCUUUUGGAUCCGGGUCGGGAUCGGGAUCCGCUCCGGGAUCUGGAUCCACUUUUGGAUCGGGAUCGGGAUCGAGAUUCGGAUCAGAAUCCGGAUCAGAAUCCGGAUCCAGAGCAGGAUCCGACCAAUCCCAAUCCAGCUGUGGGGGGUGUGACAAAUAG